CAGGCUGGAGCAAGACUAAAGGAUUUUGAAAAAGAAUUUUGCAAAGCUUGUUCUUACGUCGAUGGUCGUCAUCUUCCUGAGAACUGUAAACUUAAGCUUGAGGAGGUGCAAGAAGAGGAUCGCAUGCCGCUACCAGGGCUUCAAACGCAAUAUCGACUCGAACCAGCUGAGUACUGUGAAAGAGAGGUAUUCUUCUUGGUUUCCUUUUGCUAUGGUAAUGGAUACGAGUUGACACAUUCUUCUUUUUGUGUAAUAUGGUGAUGAACAAGAAUUUUGGAAUGCAUUGAGUUGCGUCGUAAUCAUGCUUUUGAAAAGACAGCGCAGUCGAAAACAUAGGCCUGCGACAAAUUUAGCUAGGUUUCAAGUUGCAUUUCCACAGUGACGGACCUUGUUUGUUAAAAUAAACAAGAACUGAAGCUCGUACACACCGUGAUCAAGCAUUUUUUGACAACCGCAAAAUUAGGUUGUCUGUGAUUGGAAUACUUACGGGUGACGUAGAUGUUUUAACCAUUCGUCGCUUUUGACAAAAAUAUUCUCUAUAUAUUUGUCAAGUUUCGUUAUAAGCUCAUCUGCUUUUAGUUGACACUCAAUUUUUGACUCGAGAACUAGAAUUCUAUGGCAAUCUUUAUACAGUACUUAUAUGAGUAUCUGUGCAGAAUUCGUACCAUGAUCGGAAUGACCCCGUGUACCAAUCCAAUCUUAAAGACGAAGUUUUGAUGUCAUUACGGAAGAUUAAAGAGAACAGAGAGACAGAUGAGAGUCCGAAGGCUGAUAUGUGGUGUCAUCUGGGAACUUGUAUUAUUAGAGUACCUGAUGAAGGUAAUAUCCAUUCUGGUUUGAAUAUUUUGCAUCAAUGAAUAAUAAUUGACAAAGUCUCUUACUCGUUGAAAACUUUUGUGCCCUUUUCAUAUUCUUUUUCUUGUGGAUCUUCGCUGUUUCUCCUUUUUCCUCUCCAAGGUAUUUCAUCGCCUCUUUUACCUUCUUGUACUUAGCCUCGCAUAAAAAACUGUUCUAAGUCAUAAUUCACCUUGCUCGCUAACCUGACGUACCUCUUUGAGAGGUACAAUCUGAGCAUUUUUCAGCAUAUUUAUAUAUUUAUAGUUCUCUUCCUUUUUUUUUUUUUUUUUACAGAGAAUGUUGUCCAAAAAACAUGGGACGUCGAAGAGAUAACAGAAAAUUUUCAAAGGCCUGAUGCUGGAGAAAAAAUGCUUUGGAAAGUUUCAUUUAGAGAGCGAGAUGACAUUCCUGAGGACAUCUUUAAAAGAACUGGCCUCAAAGAGAUCACUGAAGAUAAUGAAUACGUCUCCAGAUAUGACCUAACAUAUUUGACGCCUUGUUUUUAUCAACUUAUAUGUAAGGUGAGCGCGAAAAAUUUCUUCCUCUUUACAACCGACGAGUGUGUUACGCUCGUCUGUUUCCUUUUCACUUUGAAUGUUGUUUGCUUUUAAUUCCUUUGAUUUCCCCUCCGUGGCACACGUAUAUCAAAGAAGAAAUUCCCCUUUGUUGAAGUUUCGCUCCGUUUUGUCGACUUACAUAAACUCUUCCAAAGUGCGUCGUUUGCCGAAAAGUGAACUCACAAUGUUAGGAAUACCAUCCAGGUAGAGGCUUAUGCUUCAAGUUCUGUGUUUUUCUUCCUUAUUAAACAGGUGUGGGUGGCGAAGAGUAGCGUAAAGAAAAAGCUUGAAGAUAUACCAAUCCCUUUUAGUGACGUGAAGAAUGUAUUGGAAGAGAUUCAAUUUGAAGAUGAAACGACGCAAUCACGUUGUCGUGGAUGGCUGGUACUCAAAUCUCGAAAAUAUUUUCAGACCGACAUUCUUUUCCCCGGCUGCGAGCUAGACUGCAGGUUCACCAUACGUGAGCGAAGAGGUAAGACUAACAAUUUUUGUUUGGUUUUUGUCGUUGUAAAACACACUUCUCGUUUCAUUUUUCAUUUUUCACUUACUGCCUCCCUCCUUCUCUCCUCUCCCUUCUCAUCCAUCCACGACUAAAUUCUCAGUAAAACUUUUAAAUUUAGCGAAAUGUGUUUGGCGGUCACGUGUCAUGUUCCAUCACUUCUGUUGCUUAGUUUCUCUUGGAGAAGAAAGAGUAAGAACUUCUCUUUUUACUUACCGUUCAAAUCUGUCUUUUUCAAAUACCACUUUUAGUUGGACAGUAAAGUCUCUGCCUAUUCUGGCUGAAGGGUCCCUUUACCCCGAUGGAUACCCAAGUCCAAGUGCUAAAUAAUUACUGAAGCGUUUGCAGCACAGUUUAUGGGAUUUAAAUAUGCAUCCGUUCAAUAUAAAUAUUUGACUAAAAUAGGUCAAUUUCAUUGAUUCCUGUUCACACUUUUAUGUCAAAUUUGUCUGGCUACAGAUCGUACUGCUAUCAGAGGAGACGUACCCGAAAUCGAAGUGAUACGUGCUUUGUCUACAUACCUUUCUCGACUAACUUUGAAAGAUAAGGAUGCCUUCGGAUUACUUCUUCCAGAUCACUAUUUGCCUGAAGGAUUCCACCUACUCCGUAAGCGAUGUUGCAAGCGAAAACUAUACAGCACGCGUGAAGGAUUCUUUGCCAUACUUUCUCAGGAGGAUUCAUGGUCCAUUGACUCCUUAGGGAACGAAAGAAGCAGAGAAUCGGUAAUAAUGAAUGUUUAACGGUUGCAAAUCGCAUAGUUGUAUAAAAAACGAUCGGUAUGUUGAGCAAAACAACUUAAUUUCUAGUCUUUCUAAUUUUCUCUUUUUUCUUGUGAAGAAAAUAAUGAAUGUUUAACGGUUGCAAAUCGCAUAGUUGUAUAAAAAACGAUCGGUAUGUUGAGCAAAACAACUUAAUUUCUAGUCUUUCUAAUUUUCUCUUUUUUCUUGUGAAGAAAAUAAUGAAUGUUUAACGGUUGCAAAUCGCAUAGUUGUAUAAGAAAUCAUCGGUAUGUUGAGCAAAACAACUCAAUUUCUAGUCUUUCUAAUUUUCUCUUUUUCUUGUGGAAAUGGGCAGACUGACCUCCACUUACAUAGCGAAGAGUGCGACAAACUUCUAAAUGGCACAGAUUGGCAACCGGAAAUCAUAGUUCAGAAAUUGCCCGAAUUUAUUCAAUUUGUAAAGGAAAUUCAAGACUUAUUUGUACGGGAGAUGAAAGGAAAUGGAUCCACAAGAACAGGUGAGAAAACCCAUCCUUUGUUUACUUGUAAUAAAUCGGCAUGAGUUGUUAUCCCUACCGCAUUUUCUUCUUCUUCUAACGUCGGAUACAUUUAACGUGGCCAAUUUAUUAGAGGUUAAGUGGUAUUGAUGAAGAACGCUUUAAAAAUGGAUAUGUUUUCUAUAAAUAUUGCCAAUUUAAGUAAAAAUGCGCUGGGAACAUGCCUACAUGCCUGUUUACAAAGUUGUCAAAUUUUAAUUUCUUCCCCUCACCUGAUCGAUUUUUUGUAUUAGAAGAGAUAUACCCUGUUUGCGUUAAAAAUAAAACUCGAUUGAUUGGUUGUUUAAUCAGUUUUGUUUAUUUACAUGUCACCUAUUCCUUGUUUGUUUGAUUCCCUUUUAAUUCGAUCUUGAUUAUUGAGAUUAAAUAAUGUGCGUCACAUUUACAGUUCCUCCAGAGAUUCGCGCUCGUGGUCCUCAAGCUUUAGAAGCCUACAACAGUGCACUGGCCGAAGGUCAAACUUGUGUGAAGAGAGUACCAUUGAUGUUAGUUGGACAAGAUCGGUCAGGAAAGACUAGCGUGAAGAAGUCCUUGAAAGGAAUUUGUUUCAACCCGGACGAGGAUAGCACCGUGGGCAUCGAUGUCGAUACCUAUGAAUUCAAAGUAACCACUGAAAUAGGGAUGACAACGGACCGAGGCGAAAAAGUUGAUGAGGCAUCAAUCUCUUUUGAGCAUAAUGCAGCUCGGUGGAUUGCAGAUAAAUUAACGGCGAAAGAAAACGUUACUGAAGCUACAGAAGCAGGUAGUACCAUGUCAGAACAUUAUGACUUUGAAGAAAUUAACACCUUAGAGGGAGGAUACCUCAGUAAGAUUACAAGUUACAGAGACCCUUCAGAGUUGCCUAAAAAUCCAGCAUACACUCAUUUUUCGCACGAGGAACCUUCUUUACCAACGAGAGAAGAACAUAAUCUACCUCCAACGAAGCACGAUGAAGAUGUACUCAACAGCACGUUUGGAAAAAUGCCGGAAUUUGAAGACAUUGCCAAGUUAAUUCAACAGAUCCUUCAAGAUGAGUUGCAAGGCGAUAGAGAGGAUAUUUACUCAAUUACGUGGGACUUUGCUGGACAGUCUGUGUAUUACGUGACACACCCACUCUUUCUCACAAGAAGAGCCAUCUACUUUUUGGUCUAUGACUUAAGUAGGAAUCCAAGCGACAAAGCUAUACCCCCGGUGAAGCAAGGAGUUUAUGGAAAAAUUGAAGAUAAAUAUAAUCUGAAAACGAAUUUGGAUUACUUAGAGUUUUGGAUGAGUUCUUUGGCCUCCUUAGUGGAACAGAGUAAUCGCCCACACGUGAGCCCCGCCAGGAAGGUGCUUCCAAAGAAUCCUCCAGUUGUUUUCUUGGUGUGCACUCAUGCUGACAAACCAUAUUGUAAUCGCGAUCCUUUUGCACUUGCCAAAGAAAUUUUUGGUGAUUUGAAAACCAAACCAUAUGGUUGCCAGUUGUUUGACGUGUUUUGUGUUGAUAACACCAAGUCAGGCUCUGAAUCAAAAUGUCAAGAGAUCAUGCGAUUGCGAGAGAAGGUUCAUGAAUUUGCUAAGGAGUUACCACAUGUAAAUGAGGCUAUUCCGAUCAAGUGGUUGAAAUACGAAAAUGCCCUUCGUGUGAUCAAGGAAACUGGUCGAAAAUUCAUCUCCCUCGCAACCGCGAAAAAGAUUGCUUCCGACGUUUGCAACAUAAACAAAAACGAUGAGAUAUUAACAUUGUUAAACUUUUUGCACGAUCUGCGAGUUUUGAUCCACUUCGAUGACACUCCGGAAUUGAGUGAUUUAGUUAUCUUGGAUACCCAAUGGUUGAUUGAUAUAUUCAAGAAUGUAAUAACUGUCAGGCCCUACAACUCGAAAGAGGAAGACUUUGAUGGUCUUUGGCUCAAACUGGAAAAAGAGGGAAUCCUGGAAGAAAAGCUCCUAAAACAUGUGUGGAAUUCUUUGAUCCCUGAGACAGAAACUCACGAAAGCCUUAUCGCAAUAAUGGAGAAAUUCAGCUUGUUGUGUCCUUGGCCAUCGUCACAAGACUCGUGCAACAAGUAUUAUCUGGUGCCAUCUAUGACGCAGACGCACCCGCCAAAAAUGAUUAGUCACCUCGUUGAAUCUGCAAAACUUCCAUCCCUUUUUCUUAAAUUUGAUACAGGUCAGGUCCCCCUAGGUUUAUUUCCCAGAUUUGUGCUGGAAUUCUUUCUUUGGAGUAGAAAAACAUUUCCUACCGUAGCUUUUCCCCAAUUUUAUAACAAUUUUGCUAGAUUUCACAUCUUCCCAAACCAAGGCCUCUCGAUUGCUCUCCUUUGCCAUUCCUCUGCAAUUGAGGUCAUUGUCCUCAACGCAAAUAGUGAAAUUGGUAUGUCUGAUGUUGACUUAAUUAAAGACUUUCGUGGCCAGCUAACUUUGAUGAUAGAUCGCGUUAGGAACAAGUUCUUCUGGGUGAAGAAUGUUGCAUGUAAGGUAUGUUUCCUAUGUCCGAUCUGUUCACAUGGACGCGUGGUCAGCUUCUGCACACAACAUAAUGAAGAACAUUGUAAGAAAGAGGAAUGCCUCCACUUCAUUUCAGAGUCAGAUUUAGGAAAUAAAAAGGAACAGGUCUUUUGCACAAAAUCUGCAACCGCUCGGGAUAACCGAAUUCAGGCCGAGGAAUUUUCUCUCUGGAUUUCUCCCAGCGAGGAAAAGGUCAGAAAGAUAGUUCCCUUAUCUUUU